GGGAACGUAAAAUCUUGCUGUAGUGGAUGUACGUAAAACGACUCCCACUUCAGGUUCAGUCUCUCGCGAAACGUUAACAGUGUAAGACGUUCUUAAUCAGGAAAAACAGACGAGAAGAAAUCGGAGGGGACCAUAAUGAUGGCCAAGAAGGCAUUCAUCGUCCUUUUGGCUGUGACCUUGACACUUCUAGUCGAGGACACUGAAGCCGGUUGGAAAUUCUGGAAGAAGGACAAGUCGACAACGACAGAAACACCAAUUACAUCGACAACAACUACGACAACAAUCCCCCCCGUAUCAAAUAGCCUUGCCCCUGGGAAUGGGAAUGCCCCAGGUUCGCGACAACCCACCGGUUCCGUCACCAAUGCCCUCGCUGGUGCAGCUAAUCCAGGUCUAGCAAUAGGGGUGGGCAACUCAGGACAAAAUAUACGAGAUAACGCGCGUCCUCAGAGGCCGAAUCCUGGAACAGAAGUUGGUCAGGACUUUCCCGGAUCUAAACCAGCGAAUCCAGCUACUGGCGGAGGUACGGGACAGGGGUACAGAGACUGGGCUGCAGAUCUCACUGGUGCUGGCGACCCUUCCAAACCGGCUCCAAAGCUUCCAUCCACAGGUCCAGCUUUGUCCUCUGGGGGACCAACUCCAGGAUUGACUAGACCAUCGGGCUCCAAUUCGUCUCAACCUGUCGCGCCGAACAGUCCCCAAUCAGGACUUCCAGCUAGUAGACCAGCGUCUCCAGCAUUAGGACUUCCAGCUAGUAGACCAGCGUCUCCAGCAUCAGGUCGACCCAGUGGACCAGUAUCUCCAGCAUCAGGUCCAGUUAGUGGACCAGCAUCUCCAGCAUUAGGUCCAGUAAGUGGACCAGUGUCUCCAACUGGUGCACAAGGAAACAGACAGGGUCCUCCUCCUCUCGGCCCGAGACCAGUAUCUACUGGAGGAACUACUGGAGGAUCAUCAACUGGUCAAACUGGAAAUGAUAGGCCGCAAGUGUCCAGCAUAAAUGUUGGGCCGAUUACUCCCGCUCCACCAAAUCGUCAUUCUUCAGGAUAUCCGAGUCUUCCAGGAUCUCCAAGCUCUCCAGGAGCAUCUUCUCCUGGAGGACCGACGUGGGCGGAGGUCGCUGGACGUGGAAGCCAUCCAGGAUCACCAACGCCAGCGCCCAGACCGUCUGGACAACCGAUUACUGGACAGACUGGAGGAAGAAUCUCCCCUGGAGCAGUCGUCGGGGGUCUUGCUGGAGGAGCUGCAGCAGCUGGACUGGCAACCAGUGGCCCAAAAAAAAUUUAUUCCAGUAAUCCAACUUAUAGUAAAGGCAACUCGGUGACUGAUGAUGAUCUGGAAAAAUUGGCUGAAGCCCUCUGGAUCAAGGAUAAGAACAAUGCCUGGAAGUAUAUUACAUUGAAUCUUCAGAAACAAACUAGCUCGAGCAGCCAAAAGGACGAGGCUCCACAACCGUUGCUCAAGGUCAAAGACGAAGCCUUCCAGAUUCCGACAAUCGAAAAGGUCCUCACUAUCUACGACAAUUACAAGCUGGACAGUCGUGAGGCCGAGUACAUGGGGCCCCUACAGAGAAAUGAAGAGAGUCUGCUUGUUGACACUUUCCUGAGUACAAAUGUCAUGUCAGCGGCGAUGCGUUUUCUUGCAAACAAGGGCUACCUUCGUCAAGAUUACUACCACUACAAGGAAACCCUGAGGAGGAUGUGGUUCAAUCUUUACCCAAGGGGUGGUGAGACAGCCGGAAGCACUGGAUUUGAGCAUGUCUUCUUAACUGAGCUCAAAUUAGGUACUGAAGUCAGUGGACUACAUAAUUGGAUAUAUUUCGAUGCUGCGGAGAAGAAUCGACGAGCAGACUAUUUGGGGUACAUCAAGAAAUUGGAUCUUGGAGAUAAAGCUGCGAUUCUCAAACUCCACACAAAAUUCAACAACAUCGACAAACCAGUGACAACAAUGUUCAUCGGAACUUCUCCAGAGCUAGAAAUGGCCUUGUACACCGUGUGCUUUUUCGUAAGGUCAGAACAACCAUGUCCCGUUUCCCUGGGCGGAUCUAAGUUUAAUAUAAUUACUCACAAAAUUAAACGCUCGGGAAGCGAUCUAAUUGGCUCUGCAUAUCCAGACAUAUAAACAAUCUUCUACUCUAAUUUUUGUCAUGAUUUUUAUAAGUAUUUUUGUGACUAUUCUGGCUAUUGUUGUCUCAUUAUGGAGAGCUACCGUGAGAUUAACUGAGAUAAAUUGUUCGUGAUGAUGAACAUAAGGUAGGAGAUAGUGUAUUCCUCGCGUGUUAAUAAAAGAUCAUUACUCUUUCGAUAUUCAA